GACGAGAAUGAUCCUCAUUUUGAGCCUGUCAUCAAGCUCACAGAACAGGUAGAGAUAAAGACCAACGAAGAAGAUGAAACGGCCAUCUUCAAGAUGCGUGCCAAGCUCUUCAGGUUCGAGAACACCUCUCAGGAGUGGAAAGAAAGAGGCACUGGCGAGGUGCGGUUGUUACAGCACAAGCAGACUCAGAAAGUCAGGUUGGUGAUGCGGCGUGAUAAGACGCUGAAAGUCUGCGCGAACCACCUCAUCUCUGCUUCUAUGAAGCUGCAGCCGAAUAUUGGAUCUGAUCGGAGCUGGGUGUGGAAGGUACUUGCCGACUACUCUGAGGACCCACCUACCUCUGAGACCCUCGCAAUCCGGUUUGCCAAUACUGAAAAUGCAACACAAUUCAAGACAGCAUUUGAGGAAGCACAGCAAACCAAUGUUAAACUUACAGCUGCAUCUGCUCCUUCUGCUCCCGCUCCCUCUGACCCCCCUGCCCUUGAAGCCAAGUCUGCAGAGGGCGACGAGGCCAAGGAAGAAGUUGAGGAAGAAGUUGAGGAAGAAGUUAAGGAAGAAGCUAAAGAAGAACCUGCGGCCGAUGCUGUCGAAGGAUCAGCAGAGGAGAAGAAAGGGGAUGCAUAA